AUGGAGGAUGAGGUUAAGCCAGUCAGGCAGCCACAGAGGAGAUUGUCUCCUAACUUGGAGGCAGUGGUCCGGGCAGAGAUUGUGAAGCUCAUGGAUGCAGGGAUCAUCUUUGCUAUAUCUGAUAGCAAGUGGAUGCUGGAGAGGUUGGGUGGCCAUGAGUUCUAUUGCUUCCUGGAUGGCAUGUCUGGUUACUUCCAGAUUCCUAUCGCUCCGGAGGAUCAGGCGAAGACCACAUUCACUUGCCCCUUCGGUACCUUUGCUUACCGGAGGAUUCCAUUUGGGCUGUGUAAUGCACCGGCGACCUUCCAGAGAUGCAUGCUGGCGAUCUUCGACCGACUGGUUGGAGAGAUCAUGGAAGUCUUCAUGGAUGACUACUCGGUUUAUGGAGACUCCUUCUCUCAUUGCCUCCAUAACCUGGAACUCGUUCUGAAGAGGUGUGAAGAGACGAAUCUGGCACUCAGCUGGGAGAAGUGCCAUUUUAUGGUUCGUGAGGGUAUUGUGCUCGGGCACAAGAUCUCCAAGCAGGGGAUUGAGGUGGAUCGCGCGAAGAUUGAGACGAUCAGUCAGCUACCUCCUCCUGUUUCUGUGAAGGGGAUUCGCAGCUUUCUAGGUCAUGCAGGCUUCUACCGGCGCUUCAUCAAAGAUUUCUCGAAGAUUGCCCUGCCUUUGACCAAGCUGCUAGAGAAGGAUGCACCAUUCCAGUUCACUCCCGAGUGCACAGCUGCAUUUGAGACUCUGAAGGAGAAGCUGACCCAUGCCCCUAUCAUGGUAACUCCUGACUGGUCUCUCCCUUUUGAGCUGAUGUGCGAUGCGAGUGACUAUGCAGUCGGAGCAGUUAUGGGUCAGAGACGCGAGAAGCACUUCCAGCCCAUCUACUACGCGUCGAAGACCUUGAACGAUGCACAGGAGAACUACACCACCACUGAGAAGGAGCUCCUCGCUGUGGUGUAUGCAUUUGACAAGUUCCGGCCAUAUCUGGUGCUCUCACAUGUGGUGGUCUACACAGAUCACUCGGUGAUUCGCUACUUGAUGAGCAAGGCUGAUGCAAAGCCUCGGCUCAUCCGCUGGAUCCUGCUUCUGCAGGAAUUCGACAUAGAGAUCCGGGACAAGAAAGGAGCCGAGAAUGUUGCAGCAGAUCAUCUUUCACGGUUGGAAGCCCCUCCGGUGGACAACUUCGUGGAAGAGAUCGAUGACUCCUUCCCGGGUGAGCGAUUGCUGGCUAUGACACUGGUGGACAGCGUGACCCCGUGGUAUUCUGACUUUGCCAAUUAUCUGGUGGGCAAGCAGUUACCCAAGGGGAUGGCUACUCAUGCAAAGCGCAAGUUCUUCUCCGAUCUGAAGCACUACUUCUGGGAGGAUCCUUACCUCUUCAGAAUCGGAGCAGACGGCGUGAUCCGGCGCUGUGUCAUGGAGCACGAGAUGGGAGACAUCCUUUAUCAAUGCCACGAGGGACCUACAGGAGGUCACCAUGGAGGAAACUGCACGGCGCGGAAGGUGCUACAGUCGGGCUUCUAUUGGUCCUCGCUCUUCAAGGAUGCAGACUCCUUCGCACGCUAG